CUCGCGGGCAGUGUAGCUCCAAUAAAUGGGGGUGUGAGUGAGAGAAGUUGAAGGCGGAAGUUGAAGUUGCGCUCGAUUCGCACAAGCAUCGUUCGUUCGAUCUCAUUCAUGCGUUUGGGUAGGCUCGGACCCCUGCGCGUAAAGACCCCCGCGUAAUCUCGACGCGUUUUUAAAGUUGCUGUGGUGUGUUUUAUAAACUAAAUAAAGACAGAUGAGCUCUUUUUACGGCGAUAAGGCUGCAAUAGUGCUGGCUGAGGAGCUGAGUCAGGUGAACUGUCAAGAUGAGCUUGAGUUUGACUAUCUCUUUGAGUAUGGACUUCCCACGGGAUCUCAAGAUGAGCCAAGUAUCUCCUCACACAGAGACCUUAGCUCUCCUCCCAGCCUCUCCUAUCCUCUGGAGGAAGCCCCAUCUUACGGCAUCAAGCCUUGUACGUCCUCCUACACGGAGGUCAGCGCUGAAGGCCUUUCGGGCUAUGAGCAACUGGAAGCCAAGAACUACCUGGAACACACCAGGCCCAGCAGUCAAGCCCUGAGCCCCAGAAUUGAGAUCACCCCUUCCCGUGAGCACUAUAAUCAUGGUCGCGACUCCCUCCAGAACCAUCUUGUGAACACCAGCCCUAGUCCUGGGCUCACCGUGCCUGGUCACGACCCCUUGGCCUACCGAGAGCCACAGUGCCUGAGUCCCGCUAGCAGCAACUCCUCCACUUCUUGGCACUCUGAGAACCUCUCGCCCUGGGCGUCGCCCUGUGUAUCGCCCAGCAACAGCCAAGCAGCUGGGGAACUCUGCCCACGACUUCAGGGUGUCCACACAGGUUCACCCCGCACCAGUCCGGGCACGUCUCCCUGUACAAGCCUGGCAGAGGACGGCUGCAUCGGCCCGCGCUCCCCUUCCCCGAGAGCCGGUUCGCGUUCCACCUCCCCUCUAUGUAAACGAACCUACGACAUGUACAGGAACCCCAACCUGGUGCCAGGGCCUCGUUCGCGCAGCCCAUCACCCCACAGUGGUCACGAAGAGCAUCACGGUGGCCAUUAUGGCUCAAACAACAUGCCUGUGGUCCCAAAUGGGUUUGGUGUUGGGCAAGCCAAUUCCAUUCCUACCAAGAUUGUGAAGACCAAUCAGCAGGUGUACCCCUUCUACGCGGAUAAUCACACUGAGAGCUAUUACUUGUCCUGCGACCAGGAUAUAAAAGCCAAAUCUGCCCCCGAACCUUUCUUUGUAAUUCCCCCAAUCUGGCCUAAACAGUUGGUGCCUGGAAUAUGCAGCAUCCCGGUGACUUCCCUGCCCCCUCUGGGAUGGCCCCUACCAAGUCGCACCGAUCAGUAUGAGCUGCACAUUGAGGUUCAGCCCAAACCCCACCACAGAGCCCACUACGAGACAGAAGGCAGCCGAGGGGCGGUCAAAGCCCCAACUGGAGGCCAUCCAGUGGUCCAGUUACGUGGAUACAGGGGCAAGGAUCCACUAGGUCUGCAGAUCUUCAUUGGUACAGCAGAUGAGCGAAUUCUGAAGCCUCACGCUUUCUACCAGGUCCAUCGCAUCACCGGCAAAACCGUCACCACCACCAGCUAUGAGAAGAUCCUUAACAGCACCAAAGUCCUGGAAAUUCCUCUGGAGCCAAAGAAUAACAUGAAAGCAAUAAUUGAUUGUGCUGGGAUUCUCAAGCUCCGGAAUGCUGACAUCGAGCUUCGGAAAGGAGAGACAGACAUUGGCCGUAAAAACACACGUGUUCGACUGGUAUUUCGUGUUCAUAUCCCCCAGCAAGGAGGCCAACCUUUGUCUCUCCAAAUUGCUUCGCAUCCUAUUGAGUGUUCUCAGAGAUCAGCCCACGAGCUGCCCAUGGUGGAGAAACAGGACAUGGACUCUUGUUCGGUUCUUGGAGGUCAGCAGAUGAUACUCACUGGCCAGAACUUCAGCGCUGAUUCAAAAGUGAUCUUCUCAGAGAAGACUCAUGAUGGCCAGCAAAUUUGGGAAAUGGAAGCCAACAUUGACAAAGACAAAAGUCAAGCGAGCAUGCUGUUCAUCGAGGUGCCUUCAUACAGAGACUCAUCCAUUUGCCAUCCUGCUAAAGUCAACUUCUACGUAAUCAAUGGAAAACGGAAGCGCAGUCAACCUCAACAUUUCACCUACACACCUCUACCAGUUCCGGCUAUAAAGACAGAGCCAGUGGAUGACUAUGAACCGGGGCGUAUGGGUUAUUCCAUGUCACAGAUGCUCGGGGUGUCUCCUCAGUCUUACUAUAACCCCCGUGGAGUCAUCAACCCGGACAGUGGCCUGGUGCCUGGCCUUGUCCCCUGCCAGCAGCCCCUCCUGGGGAUCUCCUCUCCAGAUCACCAAUUUCAGCAGCAGAGCUCGGCCAUAAUCUACUCCCGUCUGGGAAAGAGCUUGGCGGCAAGCCCCUCUAUUUAUUCUCAGACGGGAGCCUCUAUGAUGCCAGAUUCUCAUCGGUCAGUUCUAGUCCACACAGGUUCUCCAGCCCAAUCUUCUCACCUGGGUGGCCAGCAUCCCUCAAUCAUCCAGUUCUCUCCAACCAACCACCAUGUACUCAGAGUUGGAGACCCGCCUGCCCCACCACCUCCAGAACAUCAGCACAUCAUUUAUUGUGAGAGCUAUAACCAGCAUGGGGCUCAAGCCUCAGGGGAAAACCACUCUCCUGCCCCAGAACAGACACCCCAGCAUCCUCAAUAUUACCCCACUGUCAUCCAACAGCAGCCCUUUGUCCAAAGAGUGGCCAAAGACAGGUCACCACCAGUGCAAGUAGAGACCCAGAGAUGUUCCUCUACUGAAGAACAGAGAACCAGCACUCCUGGACGUGUCACGGUCAAGCAGGAGAACUUGGAUCAGGCAUAUCUUGAUGAUGUGAAUGAGAUCAUAAGGAAGGAUCUGACAGGAGUGCAUGGGAGGGGUCAAACAUAGAGGAAAGGUCUAAUCAGGAGGUUUGCAGGACCUCUGGAGUGUCUGCUGUGCCUCUGUGUAUUACUGACAGUGUCACACACAAGAGCAGCUAUGCUUCUGACUCGGUGAGAUAUCAAGUCUUAUCUCAGCACCGUACAGCUUAAUGGCCUUCUGGAUUCCUGACGCAUACUGGAUCAUGGACCACAUUUAACCAAACAUCCAUCUCAGUCGAUGUGUUAAUGUGUAAAUGGUAUUGAAUUUCCCAACUAUUAUUUGACUUUUGAAACCCGUCCAAUGUUGAUCUCAAACGUCAGAGUUCUCAGAGACUUGAUCCUUCAUAAACAGUUUGGAUUGGACAGGUGGAGUGAAGUCAGUUAUUUCCUUCUUGUGCUCUUUUGUUCCAUUGCCUUUUGACACACAUAAAUUAACUCACUCCGAUUAGUGUAUAUGGAGCAAUAACCUCAUCAUCUGAGACUAAAUCUAGACUUAAGCUAUUGCUGUCUGUCAUUUCCCCCCAAAACAAGCAGUUUGCACAUACUUCUAAAGGGAAGGUGGAUAAAAAGACCACACCACUGCUAAUGUUUGAUAUCUUUUUCUAAGAAUAGGUUCAUCUGUUGUUGUUUUUGUAAAGCCAAAUUUAUAUUUAGAAUAAAAGUCUUAUAUUUAAUAUUUAAAAUGCUAAAAGCACUGUUCUUGAAGGGAUUUCUUAAAAACAGAGUAUGCACUUCUCGUCAGUAAAAUAUUUGCUCGUUUUUUUUUUUUUUUUGCAAUUUUACCAUGUAGAGUGUGAGCAAAUACAUCUAAGAAAAGCCAAUGAAGUGAUAUUUUCUUUUUUUUUAUGUACAUAGAAACCUUUGGACAUGGUGUCAUCAUAUGUGCCUUUGCUUACAAUAUUGUUAAUACUACCAAAAGUGAACACAGCACCAGCAUGACAAAAAUGAAUUUAAAUACAUAACUCUUGUGUCAAGCCUUUCACUACAUUACGGUUCUGAACUCUUGCCUUACCCAUUUCAAAUCAAAUCAAAUCAAUAUACAAGACUUUUUUUUUGUUUGUUUUGUUUUUAUUUUAUCCCAUAAAAAAGUCAUAUUUCAUCUUGUAGAUCUUUUUAAUUUUUUUGCACAAUAACAGCUUUGCUUUUAUGAUAUGCAUAUAUUUUAGUGUAUAUGUAAAACUGUCAAACUAUAGAAGUUGGUUUGUGUAUUUAUUUAUAGGUAGAUACUAUAAGUCUUUGUGUGCAAAUUGACCCCCACCCGCUUUUAAAGUUAACGUCUCUGUGUAGAAUGCAGUUGUUCCUGCCCAAAAAAAAGCAAGUAUACUAAGAGAAAAUUAUGAGUGGUGUAAAUUAAUAAUGAGUCAUUUGUAAGUAUUAUCUAAAAUAUCACUUUGUUAUUCUGGAACACGUUGUAAAAAAGGGUGAUGCUUAUGUUUCCAUUCAGACACUCUUUCAGUGUACAGCGGAUGUACACAACAGAUAUCCGGAAUGUAAACCUUUUCUCUUUGCUGUAUAUAGAUUGCCAUAAAAGUGUAUAGAAUGUUUCCAUUAUUUUUUAUUCAUCUGAUAGUAGUCAUAAUAGAGGGAGAAUAUUUACAUAAAAUUAAUCAGUUGUUCUCUUGCCAUUUUAUAUCUUAUAAUCAAGCCUCUGGGAAUAUAUAUGAACUGCCAAAGCUUUUGCUGCCUGUAGACAAAUUGCAUUUACAUUUUUAAUAUUAAUAUAAGAUAUUUGUCAAUUCCAAAAGAGAGACCAAUUAUAUUUUUAUUUCAUUAGCUUAUAUGAUUUAAGCAUGUCUACACUAAUACGUCUAGACAUGUCCAUGUUGUUUGUCAUAUAAAGUGGACCUAAUAGCUGAAGACAUGAGCAAUAAAACUAAAAGCUUUA